GAAAGAGGCUGGCGCUCGGGAGUCCCGCGGCUCUGGUCUUUUCGCUGGGUUUGGUGAGCUUCCCGGCGCUUCCGGACCGGCGAUCGGAGUUGGAUCGCAGUCGGAGGAGGGAAGCCCAGGUCAGCCGACCUCAGUGUAUGUGAAGUCUUAGACUUGUUGGACAUCUGAGCUGCAGACCGAGGACCCAGCUGUAGGGACGCUUGCUGCUUUGGAAACCCUGGUGACCAGGUUCCAGAGGAACGGGAUGAGCUCCUGAGAUGGAAGAUCUGUCCUCACCAGAAUCUGCCCUUCACCACGGGGGGCACACUCUCUACCCGUCAGCCAGUUUUCAGGUAAAUGCUUCUGGCCACGCAGAAGUGUGUUUGGUAUUGCAGGAGUCAGUGACCUUCAAGGAUGUGACCGUGGACUUCACCCAGGAAGAAUGGAAACAGCUGGAUCCUGUACAGAGAGAUCUAUUCAGGGACGUAACACUGGAAAAUUACACACACCUGGUGUCCAUAGGACUCCAGGUGUCCAAACCCGAUGUCAUUUCCCAGCUGGAGCAAGGGACAGAGCCGUGGAUCGUGGAGCCAGGCAUGCCAGUGGGUGGCUUUGGAGACUGGGAGAUAAGACCAGAACAUAGCCUAUCAGUCCCAGAGCCGGGCACUUCUGCAGAGCCAGCUCCAGAGGCAACAGUGGAAAAAUGCAAAAGCAACGAUCCUGGUAGCUCUAACUUCUCAGAAACUCGGGUGUCCAGACGCAGUCCAGAGAGGCAGCAGGCAGAGGGACAGACACUGCCAAGGGGAAUAAACUCAACUGAAAAGGCAACGUCUGCUUUGGAGCGAGACCCUGUAGAUCACGACUUUGGAAAAGGCCUCAAUAUCAGUUCCAACCUUGUAACACAACAAAAGAUAUCUCCGGAAGAGUCCUCUACGAAACCACGCAUCAAACGGAAUUCAAACCCAGUUAAAAAAGAGAAAUCUUGUAAGUGCAACGAAUGUGGGAAAGCUUUUAGUUAUUGUUCAGCGCUUAUUCGCCAUCAGAGAACGCACACUGGAGAAAAACCCUACAAAUGUAACGAAUGUGAGAAAGCCUUCAGCCGCAGCGAAAACCUUAUUAACCAUCAAAGAAUUCAUACUGGAGAUAAACCCUACAAAUGUGAUCAGUGUGGAAAAGGCUUCAUUGAGGGUCCAUCUCUUACUCAGCAUCAAAGAAUUCACACUGGAGAAAAACCCUACAAAUGCGACGAAUGUGGUAAAGCCUUCAGUCAGAGGACCCAUCUCGUUCAGCAUCAGAGAAUUCAUACUGGCGAGAAACCAUACACUUGUAAUGAAUGUGGAAAAGCCUUUAGCCAGAGGGGCCACUUUAUGGAACAUCAGAAAAUUCAUACAGGAGAAAAACCUUUUAAAUGUGAUGAAUGUGAUAAAACUUUCACCAGGAGCACUCACUUAACUCAACAUCAAAAAAUUCAUACUGGAGAGAAAACUUAUAAGUGUAAUGAAUGUGGGAAGGCCUUCAAUGGGCCCUCGACAUUCAUCCGUCAUCACAUGAUUCAUACUGGCGAAAAACCGUACGAAUGCAAUGAAUGUGGGAAAGCCUUCAGUCAGCACUCAAACCUCACUCAACACCAGAAAACGCAUACUGGGGAGAAGCCGUACGAUUGUGCUGAGUGUGGAAAAUCCUUUAGUUACUGGUCAUCCCUUGCUCAACAUCUGAAAAUUCAUACUGGAGAAAAACCUUACAAAUGCAACGAGUGUGGCAAGGCCUUCAGUUACUGCUCAUCUCUCACUCAGCAUCGGAGAAUUCACACCAGAGAAAAGCCCUUUGAAUGCAGUGAGUGUGGGAAGGCUUUCAGUUACCUCUCCAACCUUAAUCAGCAUCAGAAGACUCAUACCCAAGAGAAAGCUUACGAAUGCAAAGAAUGUGGCAAAGCUUUUAUUCGGAGCUCAUCUCUUGCUAAACACGAAAGAAUUCACACCGGCGAGAAGCCUUAUCAGUGUCACGAGUGUGGCAAGGCCUUCAGUUAUGGCUCAUCCCUUAUUCAGCACAGGAAAAUACAUACCGGAGAAAGACCUUACAAGUGUGGUGAGUGUGGCAGAGCCUUCAACCAGAACAUACACCUUACACAGCAUAAAAGAAUUCACACGGGAGCAAAGCCUUAUGAGUGCGCCGAGUGUGGCAAAGCCUUUCGACAUUGCUCAUCUCUUGCUCAACAUCAGAAAACUCACACAGAAGAAAAACCCUACCAGUGUAACAAAUGUGAGAAGGCUUUUAGCCAGAGCUCCCAUCUGACUCAGCAUCAAAGAAUCCACACUGGCGAGAAGCCCUACAAGUGCAACGAAUGUGACAAAGCCUUCAGCCGGAGCACUCACCUGAGCGAGCAUCAGAACACCCACGCUGGGGAGAAGCUGUACAGCCGUGAUGAAUGCAGGAAGACUUUCAGCCAGAGCACAUGCCUCGUUCAGCAUCAGAGAGUUCAUUCGGGAGAGAAGCCUUUUGGAUGUAACGACUGUGGAAAAGCCUUCAGAUACCGCUCUGCUCUCAGCAAACAUCAGAGGCUGCACCCUGGCAUAUGACUGUUCUAGAAGCAUCAUAAACGUGGGCGUGCGUUUACUCUGCUUUGUCCUCUGUUAAGUACCGAAGAACCAGAGCAGAUUGAGAAACUGACUGCUUAAACCGUUUUAACUUCUCACUGCCGUGCUAUGGAAUCAUUGGCCUGAGUAAUCACUUAUGUUGUUAAGCAAGUUUGUGACAUUGGAAAAUUCAGCUGCUUUAAAUUUCACUUUCUGCCAUGAAACGAGGGAUUUGGAAUAGAUGAUGUCAGAGGUCGUUUGGAGUUUUAUAUUCAGUUUUGCUUAUUCACGAUAUAGUCUUGAAUAGGAUUACUAUACAUCACAUUUUGCCGUGUUGCAUCUAGAGUGUAUAUUUAUGCAUGUUUUGCUAGCAAAGCACUUACGCUUCAGUAACUGGAGUGGAGAUCUAUUAUGCUCCUGUCCUCAUGCAUUUGAGUUGUUUAAGUAACUGUUUCCUAAUAAAAAUAAACCCAAAAUACUCUCAUGUUAA